GUCGUGCUUCGUGCUCCGGCCGUCCGUCACGCGGCUGGAUCGAAAGGUUUACGGUUUCUAUCUGUCCAUCUAUUCCUCUCUGACACGUGUGUGUGCGCGCGCGCGGGUGCGGACGCGCGUGAGUGUUCAGUGUGUGCGCGUGCCUGUGCGUACAUGUAUUCCGGAUGCCCGGUGUAUAUGCGGGCGGCGGCGGCGUCGUCGUCGUCCUCGUCGUCGUCACGCGGCGAUGAACGCCGAUGACACACGGGGGUUCCGAGGCAACUUCUUCGUCGGGUGGCGCGCAUCGUCGAGCGCCCAGGACUCCUCGCGGCGGCGGCGGCGACGACGACGAGCACGCCCGCGGUGCCUGCUAGCGGCAUCAGGACUCGCGGAGCAACGAGCUGCACCUUGGAUCGAUCGACGGCCGGAGAGCAGCGCUCGGAGGUGGUGAAUGUCGAAGAGGAAAGAGGACGACGAGGAGGAGUCGAUCUGCCGUCGAAGGUAAAGCGAGGUGGAACCGACUGAAAAAGAGAAGAAAAAAAGAGGAAGGCUGAAAGCGAAGAGAGACACGGUGGUGGUGGAGACGGCAGAGGGGUCGAAAGGUUGAGCGACCUACGAUCAAGACGAGGAGGAGGUGGCGGAGAGAAAGGGGCGGUGGAGAGAGGGCAGGAGGGGUAAGAGAAGGAGGGGGAGAACGAUCGGAGAAGAAGGACGGAGAAAUGAUCUUGGUAGGUGAUUGGCAAAGUGUUGCGGUGGUCGACUCCUCGACGAAAGGCAGAUAGCGCCAUUAGUUGUUGCCGGGGUACGGAACAUCGGGCCCAUGCGCGUUGCGGCCCUGGCCGUGGGUGAAGAUAGGGAGGAGGAGGAGGAGGAGGAGGAGGAGGAGGAAGAGGAAACGGAGGGCCAUACGGGGCACCAGCACGGGGCCCGUGGGCCCGCGAUGCGCUCCGCGGUUACCGCGACAGUGGGGGGCAGGAGUCAAUGGUCCAUCACGACGUGUUCGAUUUUCUUUGUGCUGUUGCUGCUGCCCGUUUGGAUUCCGAUGGCCGUCGUCGAUGCGUCUCCCCUUCAUCCCGCACCACCGUAUAGAGAUAUCACGCGCUCGUAUAUCAGAUACUACGAGGCAGCCACAUAUGACACCGUAGCCUUGAAACGACAUCGCAACCGGAUACGUCGCGACGUCACCGACUUCGAGCAACCCCUGAUUUUGAAUCUGAAGACGCUCGAUAGAUCCUGGACGAUACGCUUGUUUCACGACGCGAGUCUGUUUAGCAAGGAUGUAUCCUUUGAGAGCACAAACGGACCGAUAUCCUUCGACACAUCGCAUUCCUACGUCGGUACUGUUUUGGAGGACGAGAGCGCCGUGGUGCAGGGUGUCGUUACACAAGAUGGUCUCUUCGACGGCAGUGUCGUGACCAGAUUCGAGGAGUAUUACAUCGAGCCAACGAGCAGGUAUUUGAAUAAAAAUGAAGACACGUCGCCGCCCUAUCACAGCAUAGCUUAUCGUACUUCCGAUGUUACCACCCCGCCACAUCCAUUACCCUGUGCCAGUCAUCAGCUGCAUCAAGAGAGAUCUCUUCGCGAUUCCUUCGAUAGAUAUAGAUACAACAAUUCUCAGGCAUUCUAUGAGCCUCUGCUCGGCGAGCACGUUGCUCUCUACUCCAGGGAAAACAAUGCGAGAGUGUUAACGUUAGAAACGAAUAAUGACGUCGAGUACACGGACGCCGUGAGCGGCAGAGAUAGGAUCGCGAGGCAUCUACACAAGCGCGCGACGGUAGAUCCCCGGAAAACUACCUGCAUGCUCUACUUGCAAGCCGACCAUCAGUUUUUCGCGCGAUACGGCACGGAGGAAGCUUGUAUCGAGGUGAUGACGAGGCACGUGCAAAGAGUCAACUCCAUCUACAAACACACAGAUUUCAAUCAAGAUGGGCGGCCGGAUAACAUCAGUUUCAUGAUUAAACGCGUCAAGGUGCACAGCGAGGAUGCAUUGAGAGAUCCUCAUUAUCGUUUUCCGGGCAAUUAUGGAGUGGAGAAAUAUUUAGAGCUCUUUUCAGAGGAGGAUUAUGACGCAUUCUGUCUGGCUUAUAUGUUCACGUAUCGGGAUUUCGAGAUGGGAACUCUGGGUUUGGCAUGGACAGGCGAUCUCAAGAAUGCUGGCGGCGUAUGUGAGAAGAACGGGCAUUAUCGCGGCAGCAUGAAGUCAUUAAACACCGGCAUAGUGACCCUAUUAAAUUACGGGAAGCACGUACCGCCUGCGGUCUCUCACGUUACUUUGGCUCACGAGAUCGGCCACAACUUCGGCUCACCGCACGAUCCGGAACAAUGUACACCAGGCGGGGAGGAUGGCAACUUUAUAAUGUUCGCUCGUGCUACCAGCGGGGACAAGCGUAACAACAAUCGCUUCAGUCCAUGUAGCCUGAAUGCCAUAAAUCCUGUGCUCAACAGCAAGGCACGUUCUCCAAAGGGAUGCUUCACCGAACCGCAAGUAUCGUUGUGCGGCAACGGCGUGGUGGAGGAGGGCGAGGAGUGCGAUUGCGGCUGGGAGGAGGAUUGCAGGGACUCGUGCUGCUAUCCCCAGCGCCGUUAUCCGCCGCCCGAGGAGACUCCGUGCACUCUCACACCGCGUGCGGUGUGCAGUCCUAGUCAAGGUCCGUGCUGUACCAGCGAAUGUAAUCUCCGUUUCGGAGACAAGUGCAGAGAUGACAACGGCUGUCGCGAUGCGAGCUUCUGUGACGGUCGUUCUCCGUACUGUCCACCAUCUAUUAACAAGCCUAAUAAGACCAUCUGUAACCGUGAGCUGGUUUGCUUCAUGGGGGAGUGCACUGGCAGCAUUUGCCUAGCAUACGGACUGGAAUCUUGCCAAUGCAUACCAGGCCCGAACGAUCCACCGACGAAGGCUUGCGAGUUAUGUUGUCGACUUCCCGGGGAAAAUCAACCAUGCUUAUCGUCUUUCGAUUGGAAUUCUCCACCGUAUGAUAUUCCCGAUAUGUUCUCAAAGCCAGGAACUCCGUGUAAUGAUUAUAACGGUUACUGUGAUGUCUUUCAAAAAUGUCGCGAGGUCGAUCCAAGCGGUCCAUUAGCAACUUUAAGGAAGCUCUUAUUAUCCGACGAGAGCCUCGCCACUUUUAGACGGUGGGUCGCUGAACAUUGGUAUGCAGCCGCUCUGAUAAUUUUAGCGGCGAUAUCGUUACUGGUGGCAAGCAUGAGAUUACUGGGCAAGCGACCGGACUUGAAGCUAAAGUCUGUCACGAUUAUCCAUAGUUCUACGACGGAAACGGUACGGCUUCCGCCGGAAGGUACGGAAGGAGUAACGGUGCAUCCACCGGCGGUACGUGCCAAACUUCCUCUUAGCAGAAAGGUCAGAGAGAAGAGGUGUCAUCGCAAACAUAAAGAUAGUGGCCACACCGACAAGUCUAAUAAUAAGGACGCCAAAAAGAAACAAAACCAACAAAAGAGAUUGUCUACCGGACAGGUCGACGAUUUUGCGCGAAAGAGACCGGCUGAAGUUUUGGCUGCUGUAACGCAGGAGAAUAAACGGAAGAAGAUUACAUCUGUUAGAGAUAAAGGACAAGGUACUAGCAAUAAUCCAGGCGGCGGAAGCAGCGGUGAUAACGAUAAGAGGAAGCGUAAAAAGCAACAUAGAAAGGAGGUAAUUGAUUACUCGGCAAUUCAAGCGGAUAAGGAACCGGAAACGAACGCCGAUCCUAAGAGUAAAGUGCGUUCUUGGUUAUUGGCAUCUUCGCAAUGUCGACCGGAAACCGGUGCACGGACCAAUGUCAACGGUAUGCCGAAAAGUAAAUCGACCCCGGUGGGUCUAACAGCCAGUGGAGGGGUGGUGGGGUCCAGAAUGCUAGUGUCAAGACAGGCAUUAACGUCCGCGCGACGUCCUGGAGCGGAGACUGGAAGAGCGGAACUAAAGAACUCGUCGAAUUCCCUUGCCAGGAAGGAACGGGCGAGGCUUCAGGUGGUAUAUAAGCCGCCAUUUAGGUUCAGCGUGAAGCUGCGCAAGUCCGACAAGGUGGCGCAAGCACCGGCCACGGCCGUGAAUCAUACGAACGCGAAUAGCAGAACGGCGAAGCUACCGAGAACUGGAGUGUUGCUGCGAACAGCCAAGAGGAAGGACCGAGUCAGAAUAGGCAGAGCACGACAGAUAGCCCCUACCGGCAUCGGAAACAGUGGUGGCGAUCUGCCGGAACCGGCCAACUCCGACUUGCACACCGUACCAUCCGAUUUGGAAGUUUUGCUGUCCGAGAGCGAGUUUCUCUUCUCGGAUACGUGACCAUGGAUAAUGAACGUAUUUGAGUUUGUUUCGAGUCGCGUAGCGACUAAGUAGCUCUUGCAUAUUUUUAUCCCUUAUAUCCGUGUGCGAGAAUAGAUAAUACUUUAGGAUGCGCGAAAUGAUAGAUAAGUUUCGCGUUGAAUUGUUAGCUCAUGCGUGGAAGAAUCCCGUCCGAGAACGUGGAAGGGAAGACUCGCUUAGUUGAUUUGUUGCCCGAUUUACCGAACGUUCUAAUUCGUUUUUCCUUCAACUAUUUGCCGCUCUGUGCACAUGUCGAAAAGAUGUGCUGCAUUAAUUCUCGUCAUUCUUCCUUUUCGCAUCUCUAGAGUGGAGCGAUAGUGCGGUGACCAAUCAUACGUUUGCGAACAUUCGCGCUGUCCUCGACGAUGCUACUCACGCGCGAUUGCGAUGAACGGAAUUUGCGCUUUGAUGACGAACGUAUGGGAUGCGCCGACGCUAGUUUUUCGACGAUCAAGCCAGUUUUCUUCUUCCAAAGAAAGGGGCCAAAUCCACUGUUCAAAGUGCGACUGGUGUAAACGCCGCAAGUAUAUAAAUAUUGAUAUACUUAUCUAAUAUUUCCCGGAGCUAAGCAAAUUACGAUUCGUUUUCGAUGGUAGCUUUAAAUUUUCAGGGAUCAGUGCGCAACAUUAAUCUCAAAAUGCAACGCGGUAUUUUGGGAUGUCGAAAGUAAUGCUUUAUCUUAAAAGUCUCUUUACACUGUGCCUGUGCUGUUACUCUCUGUACCCUCUUUUUUGACGCUUAGAAAAAAUUACGUCUGUAUUGCGUAAUUUUCAAUUAAAUGACGAUAUAUCGGUUCUAAGAGGAUGACAAAAGGUUAAUUGCGUCGACAGCCUUGAUUGACUAACUUUUAUUAGUCGCUCCCUUUGAAAUUAUAGCCCUAGUUAUAAUGUAGUCGUAAUAGAUACUACGUUACAGUCGUUGCUAUGAUACGGCUAUAAAAUACUCUAUAUUUUAAUCCUAACUGUAACAUAGCUAUUACGUACUUAUAUUAUGGCCCUAGCUAUAAUAUAGCUAAAUUACAUUAUAAUUGUAACAUUAUAUCUUUAGCUAUGAUAUAAUUAACAUGUAAUUCUAUAUUAUAGCUACUGUUAUAAUGUAACAUAUUAGCUACAGUGUUUAUUCGUAGCUAGGGCUAUUGUAUCGACGCAGAGGAACAAAACUUAGCAUACCACGAUCAGAACUGGCCUGACGUUAAUGGGAACCGUGAAACGGUCAGGCAGUUCCGAACAGAUCGUCGGGAGGUUUUCUUGUUUCUUCGCCACCCGAUCUGCCUGUAACGUUAUAAUAUUAUAGCGUUAUUAUUCACUCGUGGUUCCUAUUGUCGACAAUUCCUAAUUACAUCUCCUGAAGCAUCUUAUCGGAUAUACUUUGCAUCUUUAUGGACGUCCGCGAGAAUUGUGAGACGAACCGACAGAUUGCUUAUAUUUUUAAGAUUGUACAAAAUAUUUUCAUUAACAUCCAUUACGCCGAAUUUUAGCGACACCGACUUUUUAACUGAUUUCAGUUGCUCGUGGUUGUUAACAGAGAACGUGCUGUUUCUUCUAUUUCAUACUUAAUCUUCAAAUCCAAUCUGGUGCUAUUAUUUAGUACUUACGCCUUUUUACAUAUCGAAUUGUAUUUCUGAGAGUAUCUUCCAUUUAAUUGUAAUGCUUCACCGCUCAG